AUGGAUCGCUCUCGAGUAGAGCAGCAGAGUUAUGAAGACUCGUACUCACGCCCAUCCAGAUCAAGAGCCAACAGUGCUGUCUCUUCCACGGACGGUCGAUUUCACAACUUGAUUCUCGUCGACUCACCACGUAGCCUGCCAUACGAUACUAGUCGGCCGACAUCUUCAACAGGGACCCACUCGCCGUCCUUCAUAACUCCGGCGCCCCCAAACUCCGCGACGUUUCUAUCGUCAACUCCGUCAACACAGGCUUAUUCCUCGUACCCUACCCUACCGCGAAGUGAAUUGGAAUCGGAGUGGACUAGCAAUCAGAACCAGUCUUCGGACGCUCCCAUAGUCCGUGUUGAUCUAGCACAAGACUAUUCUCGUUCCUCUUCGCCUUUCCCCCCCACAACCAGGGACAAUAUGAGCACCGUCGCAGUGCAAUUCGACCCGCGAUAUGACUUGGGGGUUCCUCGCUCUUCGUAUACGUGGCCAGGUAUGCACCAACAACUGCAGUACCAGCAGGAUUAUGUACUAAACCCUCACCAAGUCCUCGAAUCCGGCGUUGAUCUUCUGGGCCACGAUUUAUCACCUUCAGUGGGCCACGGCUCUGAUGCCAGUCUGACCCCCUCCAGUGGAUCGGGGUCGGUGCCAGCGAGUCCACCACGAGGACCGAUGACGGCGGAGCAGCGCGAGCUGAGGAGGCAACGGGACCAAGCAAGGCGCGAUUCUAAGACCUCGGUCCGGGCACGCCGCGCCCUGAGUAACGCUUCGUACACCUCACAGUCCCCGCCAGUCACCAUGGCCGAGUUCUCAUCUGCAUCUACCAUGCCUAUCUACACAACUUCGCCUGCGCAGAUCUCCCUCUUGGCCGAGCCAGUCACCAGCGUAACGGGCUCCUACAUGCCGGCCUACUCUACCUCGCCCCUCCCAGAUCCAGGGAACUUACCCUCGAGCGAUUACAUGAACAUGGGUUACUCUCCCGGCUUCCCGCCCACGACACAGGGCCUCACUUCGCAUUACAACAGCCGUCCGACAUCGAUGUCCGAAACCAGUAUGUUAUACCCGGUUCCGUCGGUUUUGCCAUCGGGUAAUGGAACCACGCACGAUGGAGGUCACGUCCGGGUGGUGCAGAGUCGGCCCAAGCCGCAAUGUUGGGAACAUGGAUGCAAUGGCCGCCAAUUCUCCACCUUCAGCAACCUGCUACGACAUCAACGCGAGAAGUCUGGCCAGGCGGCGAAGGCCACUUGCCCCAACUGUGGGGCAGAGUUUACACGAACAACGGCGCGGAACGGACACCUGGCUCACGACAAGUGCAAGCAGCGCCGCAAUUCGUAA